CCCAGCAAGACCGAAACCUUGAACAGAAACGCCCCUGUUUGGAUCGUAAACAACUGCACAGAUGCAGAGACAAGCAGGGUAUCGAAACUGAUUUCAGAUCGGUCUGUAUUUCACAGAGAGGGGUCUGGGGUCGAUGGUUAAGCAGCUCUGGGAACAGAUAUGAGCGGUGCGCGUGCACGCGUUUACAGAUGCGGACUAUUGUAACAUCAUUACAGAGACUAAAUCAGUUAUGGGAGAGUCUGAGACAAGGAAGUCUGUAAGAUGGAAAGAGAUGAGCACAAUAACCCAGACCACAGAGGACAUCAUUACGUCUUACCUAACAGCCUCUGAUGAGAACCAGAACAAGCUGCAAGAGGCAGAGGUUAUGGACUUGGAAGCUGUUAAACACGACUCAGAGAACAGGAACCCAGAAGAAGGGUCUCCAACAAACAUCAAGAGCCCCAGUUACUCUUUAGAUCAUGGUCGUCUCUCUGGGAUUGUGCCACCUGGACCUAGUCCUUCUCUUCUGGCUUCACUGCAGUCCCUUGUUGAAGAGAAUGAUCACAUGCUCCUCCCUCAUUCCUUACACCAGAUAGCGGAGAGCUACUUCCUUGAAGAGGACUAUCAGUGGGCAGUGGAGUUUCUGCAUCUGGAGAAGCUGUACCAUGAGAGACUACUGUCUAAUCUGGCCUCUAUACAAGAGAAAUGGGAGUCCCAGAGGAAAAUCAGCAUCCAAACCGAAAGUAACUCUCUUUUAAAUGCUAAUGGAACGGACAGAGAGCGAGAGCAUAUGGAAGUGUUGAGUCAUAUCUGCAGAACACACCAGAGGCCUAACCUCUUUCUGGAAAAGAACAUGGAUGACAUAAAAUUACAAAACAGCCCAACCCAUGUGACAGAACACAGAAGAUCAAAACAAGAACAAGCUUCAGUGAACUCAACUGAGAGAGAAAACAGGGCGGACGACUGCUCAUGGCUGGAAGCUGAACAGGAGCCAGAAGAGAACUGUGAACUGAAUGAGGAGGAGGAGGAGGAGGAGGAGGAGGAGGAAGGUCUUGAGGAGGACGAGUGCUGGAAUGAGGAGCUGCAGGACGACGCAGACUUUGAUGGCCAGGUUCCUGUGGAUGAGUUGGACAACCUCAUUCAGAUAAAGGAGAUGUUUCCCUCAAAUGGCUUAGUCUCUAUUUUAAAGAAGAGAGUCCGCAUCAAGGAAACGGAGAAUGCCACUCCACAAAAAGACUCAACUAAACGCAAGGUUCGCUUCAGAGAGCCAGAUGAUGCUUUCGAUCAAGAUCAGUCGGCUGGAAACUCUUGCCUUGUCCUUCUCCUCUUGUGUCUGGCUACCGUGGUGAUUAGCAUGGGUGGGACUGCUCUUUAUUGUCUCGUUGGAGAGGCGUACUCUAAUGUGUGCGUGGACUUCUCACAAAACGUGGAAUUUUACUUUGGACCUGUACGCCGAGGAGUGGACGCUUUCACACAGUGGCUCUCUUCUGGUGCAUCAUAGCAGCUAUUUUAUGCUAACUGAAGUGGAACUCUUUCUUUAUACUACCAUUUACGAUGAUAAACAACAGUAUUCCUCUUGAGAUAAUAUGCACUAAUGCACAUUACCAGACAGGCCUUAAUAAUUGUUUCUUUAGUGAGUCUACACAAACCACACAGGGCUUCCUAAUGCAUAGAAAUACAUUUGUGUUAAGUAUUUAAUAUUGUUACUAAAACAUGCUUAUUAGAAAUCAUCUUAAUAUACAAGAGCCAUUCCUCUGAUCAAUAACUACAUGCAUUGAGCCAGUAACAUUGUUUUUGUACAUUUUAGUUCCAUGGUUAUCUUUAUAAUGUAUAUUUUUCUUUUGAGAUAGAUUGACUUGGCACUUUUCAAUGGUGCAGUAACCACUGAAAUUCAUAUAGUAUCAAUCAACAUGAAUAAGCAAAAAUGGGUGUAUGUAGCAAUGUUAACUUAUCAAAGAAAUGGCUUUAUGAUUGACAUGUAACGGAUAGCACAUGACCAGGCUGAAUAAUGAUAAUCGAUCAGUUCUGAUUAGAUAAUGUCAGUUUGGUGUUGUUCUAGCACUUCUCUUGUGGUCAGCAGGUACAAAAUAAAUCUGAAAAUUGUAUAAUUGUAUGAAAGUCAGCAAGCAGUCAAUUUAUUUUAGUUACAAACAUGUUUUGUGUUCAGCAGUCAAAGUGAGUGUGAGUUUUUGUUAUCAAUAAUAGGGGGUCUUAAAUUUUAAGUGUUUUAAUGUUAUGCUCAGAACUAGAAUCCUGUUUUGUUGUAUGUCUUUCCAUUUUCCUUUCCAAAGUAGUAUACAUGAAAUCUCUGAAUUAUGACUGGAAAUAUAUUUUGGAAGUGGGUUUAUGCUGUAAUUCUGUCUGUGAUAAUAGGAUUGGUCUUCUGAAUGGAAGACAGUAAAUGGAAUUGGCACACAUAACCUUGGGUGAAGUAGGAGCAUUUCUCUUUGGAGACCAAUGGGUCAUUUGUAGACUGACUCAUAGCUAAUUUAAUUUAAAGCAUUAAGAUGUACAGAACAAAAAUAUUACAGUGCCAUAGCCCUGAUUAAGAGACAAUUUCAUGAUCAUUGUACUGUCAUUAUUUUCUUGCCAAAAGAACAGCAUGCUUGAACUUUAAAUGCAAUUGUAAUGUAAAGUAUGUAAUGAGAUAAUUCAUUCAUUUUGCUUAAUUUAAUUUUUGAAUAUGUGAAUCAUCACAAAAACAUACAGUGAGGUGUCUAAAAAGACUAAAUACUCAUUGGAAAUAUAGGAUUCAAAGUGUAAUUAUAAACAGAAAGUGUUAGAUUUUUAAAAAAUUUAAAGAAAAACCAUGUAAAAUGAAUACAAAAAUAAGAUUUUUUCUUUCAUUUUGUGAAUGUGAACUCCUUUGUACAAAAUAUCAAGUUAGUGCUGCUGUCAUUAAAGCAAAAACUAAUAAUAAUUAUGCUGAUAAGUGAUAAAAAUCAUUUGUAAUAAUAAAAAUUGUAUUAAAUUAGAAAAAAAAAGGAAAA